CUCGACGGCCAGGGUGCCUGGUACUGGAAGCAGGGCCAGUCGAUCACCCGCCCCGUGUUCUUCCGUCUGCACGGCGUGUCGGACUCGGUGCUCUCGGGCUUCACGCUCAAAAACUCGCCCUACCGCACCUUCAGCAUCGUCAACUGCGAGUCCACCACCAUCAGCGGCCUCACGCUCGACUCGAGCGCCGGUGACGGCACGGCCAAGAACACCGACGGCUUCGACCUGACCAAGAACGAUGCCGUCACCAUCACGGGCAACAAAAUCUACAACCAGGACGACUGCCCCGCCAUGCAGUCCAGCACCAACACGGUCUUCAGCAACAACUACUGCAGCGGCGGCCACGGCAUCUCCAUCGGAUCGCUCGGCGGAGACGCCGUCGACGAGUCCACGACGGUCUCGGGGCUCACCGUCAGCGGCAACAGCAUCGUCGACAGCGACAACGGUCUCCGCAUCAAGACCAUCAUCGGCCUCAAGGGCCUCAUGACCAACGUCAAGUACUCCAACAACAAGCUCUCGAACGUCAAGAACGCCAUCGUCAUGCACUCGGACUACAGCAAGUCCAAGGACGGCUACACGGGCUCCCCCACGAGCGCCGUGACGAUUGAGGGCGUGACGAUCUCCGGCCUCAAGGGCUCGGCCACCAACCUGUACGACAUUGUGGCCAACCCCAAGGUGGUGUCGGGCUGGUCGUUCUCGGGCAUCCAGGUGAGUGCGUCCUCGACGGGCAAGAUGGCCGGCCAGCCCAACAGCGUCAGCGUGUAG